AGUGUGCUCGUGGUGCAGCGCCAGCGGGGGCCAGGAGGGGGAGCUGCAACCCAGGCUGUGGGCUGCAGCCUCUCAGGGCUUCUGGUGAAUUCUGGGCCUGAGGCCUCAGGGUAGGGCACCAGGGGCCCAGGGACUGGGGUGGGGGGCCCAGGAUGCAGGGGUCUGCCCCUGGCCAGGCUCUGCCUUCAGAGGAGGCUGAGCGUCGUCACACGGGCUGGGCCAAGGCCCUGGGCCCUGACCGUGCAGCCUAAGACAGGACUGUGGCUUUAAGACCCUCCUGACCCCUGACCUCUGCCCCCAGUGGCCCUGGCCCCUGGGCAGCCCUUCCUGGCCGCCAUGUGUACCCAGAGCCUGGGACUGGCUGGGCUGGGCAGUGACCCGGGUGGGAAAGGGUGGUCUUGCCCUCUAAGGCCUGGCACAAGUGAGAGGCCUGGGGGUCCAUGUUGGGCUGGGCUGGGCGAGGGGUGGUCUCUGACUUCCUGGGGGUUCUGGCUGGGAUGGGCAGGGGGCUGGGUGGGAGAGUGUGGGCCCUGCCCUCCGAGGCCGGGCAUGGGCGAGAAGCCUGGGGGUCCUGGCUGAACUGGGCUGGGUGAAGGGGGGCCCCUGACCCCCUUGGGGUCCGGGCUGGGCUGGGCGAGGGGCGGUCUCCGACCCCCAGCCAGGUUCCCAGGCAGGAUGAGCUGGGGUUGGGGUGGCUAGGCCGUGGGCCUUGGGAGCUGGGCAGUCUGGGCUGGGCUGGGCUAGGCAGGGCGCCACAUGGAAGCUGGAGGAGCAACGGGAGCGCUGGGUGUGGGGUGCAAAUUGCCCAGUGCCUUCUGUUUCCCAGGCAGCUCUGUGGCCAUGGAUAUGUUCCAGAAGGUAGAGAAGAUCGGAGAGGGCACCUAUGGGGUGGUGUACAAGGCCAAGAACAGGGAGACAGGGCAGCUGGUGGCCCUGAAGAAGAUCAGACUGGAUUUGGAGAUGGAGGGGGUCCCAAGCACUGCCAUCAGGGAGAUCUCGCUGCUCAAGGAACUGAAGCACCCCAACAUCGUCCGACUGCUGGACGUGGUGCACAACGAGAGGAAGCUCUAUCUGGUGUUUGAGUUCCUCAGCCAGGACCUGAAGAAGUACAUGGACUCCACCCCAGGCUCAGAGCUCCCCCUGCACCUCAUCAAGAGCUACCUCUUCCAGCUGCUGCAGGGGGUGAGUUUCUGCCACUCACAUCGGGUCAUCCACCGAGACCUGAAGCCCCAGAACCUGCUCAUCAAUGAGUUGGGUGCCAUCAAGCUGGCUGACUUCGGCCUGGCUCGCGCCUUUGGGGUGCCCCUGCGCACCUACACCCAUGAGGUGGUGACACUGUGGUAUCGCGCCCCCGAGAUUCUCUUGGGCAGCAAGUUCUAUACCACAGCUGUGGAUAUCUGGAGCAUUGGUUGCAUCUUUGCAGAGAUGGUGACUCGAAAAGCCCUGUUUCCUGGUGACUCUGAGAUUGACCAGCUCUUUCGUAUCUUUCGUAUGCUGGGGACACCCAGCGAAGACACAUGGCCCGGGGUCACCCAGCUGCCUGACUAUAAGGGCAGCUUCCCUAAGUGGACCAGGAAGGGACUGGAAGAGAUUGUGCCCAAUCUGGAGCCAGAGGGCAGGGACCUGCUCAUGCAACUCCUGCAGUAUGACCCCAGCCAGCGGAUCACAGCCAAGACUGCCCUGGCCCACCCGUACUUCUCAUCCCCUGAGCCCUCCCCAGCUGCCCGCCAGUAUGUGCUGCAGCGAUUCCACCAUUGAGAAUGUCAAGGCCACACUCAGAUCCUUUCUCGAGCAGCUGCUGCCCCAGCUGCCUCCUACCCAUUGCCAAGAGAGGAUGCAUCGGGGGAGAGCAAAGCACUAAGGAAUUUAGCAUCAGCCUGCAGAGGGCUGAGUCUGGGUUAGUCCUGCCCGCAGGUUAGCGAGAUCCUGUGUUGUUUUUUUGGGUUGGAUGGUGCCGUUUCAAAAUAGAGGCAUAGAUGCUCCAUGCACGAGGGGUCCCCGGGCACUGGAACAAGUGCCAAGUUGAAGGCAGGGGGCCUGCCAGAGCUGGGUGUGGGUAUUCAGGCCCUCACCUGCCCCGCCUGCAGGGCCAGACCCUGAGGAAAGGGCGCCCCCUGCUGGUCUUUUUGGAUUUAAAAUGUUUGGGGAAGAGUUGAGUUCCAGUUCAGAGUCCCAAGUUAAACAGGAGGGAGUGAGGGAGAGGACAGAGGGCGUUCCCCGGAUCCCAGGAGAGCUGGGCUAUGACUGCAAUAAGGAGUUGUUCCUUCACCUGAGAUGUGCUUCUUUUGGUUCAUUUCUGGCUUGACAACAAGAAAUAAACGUGGUAUGUUCCUGA